CAAUGAUAAUAUUGUUUAUGUGGAAUAAACCAUAUUUUUCUCAAUAAUGUCGUAAUUAAACAUAUAAUAAUAAUGGAUUCAAUUUCUAUAACAUCUCAAUUCUCAAACUGCACUCUCUUAUUUCAUUUCAUCAAUCACUCAAGUGAACCCCACAAACACAAAAGAUGACUGGCCCAGUUAAUGGCGAACCCACCAUCAAGUUCACCAAGUUAUUCAUCGAUGGAGAUUUUGUGGAUUCGGUUACAGGCAAGACAUUUGAAACAAUAGAUCCAAGAACAGGAGAAGUUAUAGCAAGGAUCAGCGAAGGAACCAAAGAAGACAUUGAUGUUGCUGUAAAGGCAGCUCGUUAUGCAUUUGACUUUGGUCCUUGGCCCCGCCUGCCUGGUGCUGAAAGAGCAAAACUUAUGAUGAAAUUUGCGGACCUAAUUGAUGAAAACAUAGAAGAGCUAGCAGCACUUGAUGCCAUUGAUGCAGGAAAGUUGUACCAUAUGUGUAAGGCUCUUGACAUUCCCUCAGCAGCAAAUACACUUCGUUACUAUGCAGGUGCAGCUGAUAAAAUUCAUGGAGAGGUAUUAAAAGUUGCAAGAGAGUUCCAUGCUUAUACAUUGAUGGAACCAAUUGGUGUUGUUGGACACAUUAUUCCUUGGAACUUUCCCACUUCCCUGUUCUUUGUCAAGGUUAGCCCUUGCUUAGCUGCUGGGUGCACCAUGGUCGUCAAACCUGCUGAGCAAACACCUCUAUCUGCUUUGUUUUAUGCUCAUCUAGCUAAAUUGGCUGGAAUCCCAGAUGGAGUGAUCAAUGUAGUACCCGGAUUUGGAGCUACUGCUGGUGCUGCAGUGAGCUCACACAUGGACAUUGAUGCGGUUAGCUUUACUGGUUCAACACAAACUGGGCGUGAGAUAAUGCAAGCUGCAGCUAAGAGUAACUUGAAACAUGUUUCACUUGAAUUAGGAGGCAAGUCACCCCUCAUAAUAUUUGAUGAUGCUGAUAUUGACAAAGCUACUGAACUUGCUCUAUUAGGCAUCCUAUUUAACAAGGGAGAAGUGUGUGUUGCAAGUUCACGUGUGUUUGUUCAAGAAGGGAUCUAUGAUGAAUUUGAGAAAAAAUUGGUAGAAAAGGCUAAAACUUGGGUCAUUGGAGACCCAUUUGAUCCUAAAGUUCAGCAAGGACCUCAAGUUGACAAGAAACAAUUUGAAAAAGUUCUUUCAUAUAUAGAGCAUGGGAAGAAAGAAGGAGCUACCCUUUUGACUGGGGGUAAAACAGUGGGAAACAAAGGAUACUAUAUUGAACCAACAAUUUUCUCCAAUAUAAAGGAUGAUAUGGUUAUAGCACAGGAUGAAAUAUUUGGUCCUGUGAUGGCACUGAAGAAGUUUAAGACUAUUGAGGAAGCAAUUAAGAGUGCUAAUAAUACAAGAUAUGGACUAGCAGCAGGUAUUGUGACAAAGAAUUUGGAUAUUGCAAACACAGUGUCAAGAUCCAUUCGUGCAGGCACUAUUUGGAUAAACUGUUAUUUUGCUUUUGGAGAUGAUAUUCCUUUUGGAGGAUAUAAAAUGAGUGGAUUUGGAAGAGAUUAUGGAUUAGAAGCCCUUCACAAGUAUCUACAAGUUAAAUCUGUUGUUACUCCCAUUUAUAAUUCUCCCUGGCUCUAAGUAUUUAACUUUGUAUUUUGUAAAGUGACUAGUAAUUCUUGACCAAAAAAAAAAAAAGUGACUAGUAAUUCCAACUUUAUACCACCCAAAUGCUAUCUUUUUUUAUCGGUGAACUCAGCUCAUCUAUUAUAAACCAUUAAUCGUGAAAAUAAAGUUUUUCAAUGAUUUUGUCA